CUCUUCUAAAAAUACGGAGGGCAUGCAGGAGUGCGAGCAGGCUGGGGAGGAGGAGGAGGGUGUGAGAGUGCCUCACACCAUGUUUUCUGGAUGCCAGCUGGGUGCAGUUUUGGAAAUGUUCCUCCUGUGAAUGGAGGCAUCAUGAACAUUUGGGAAGUGAUCCUGGCUUUCUUGAUUGUGGUGCUCAUCCUUGUAUCGUUGCUGUCCAAUGUUUUGGUGCUGAUCUGCUUUCUGUAUAGUGCAGAUAUCCGCAAGCAAGUCCCGGGAUUGUUUAUCCUCAACCUGACCUUCUGCAACUUGUUGAUGACUGUUUUGAACAUGCCCCUCACUCUGGCUGGGAUCAUUUACAAGAAACCACCUGGAGGAGACCAUCUUUGCCACAUAGUGGGGUUUUUAGAGACUUUUUUGACUACCAACUCCAUGCUGAGCAUGGCAGCUCUCAGCAUUGACCGGUGGAUAGCAGUGGUAUUUCCUCUGAACUACCAUUCCAAGAUGCGCUACAAAGAUGCUGCCCUCAUACUGAGCUACACGUGGUUACACUCAGUAUCCUUCCCAAUUGUGGCAACUUCUCUUUCUUGGGUAAGAUUCCACCACCUUUAUGCCUCUUGCACCCUGUGCAACAAGAGACUGGAAGACAGGACCCAGUUUAUGAUUUUCACAGGAAUCUUUCAUUCCUUUAGCUUUCUUCUCUCUCUCAUAGUCUUGUGUUUCACAUAUCUGAAAGUGCUGAAGGUGGCACGCUUUCACUGUAAAAGGAUUGACGUGAUUACUAUGCAGACCCUUGUGCUCCUUGUGGACAUCCAUCCUAGUGUAAGAGAGCGAUGUCUAGAAGAACAGAAGAGACGGAGACAACGAGCAACCAAGAAGAUCAGUACAUUUAUUGGCACUUUUAUACUUUGUUUUGCACCGUAUGUAAUCACAAGAUUAAUAGAAUUGUCAUCAAUAGUUCCCAUCAGUGCUCACUGGGGAGUUAUUUCCAAGUGUCUGGCCUAUAGUAAAGCUGUUUCAGAUCCCUUCGUUUAUUCUUUGUUACGACAUCAGUAUAAGAAAACAUGGAAAGACAUAAUAAAUAAGAUGCUGAAAAGAGGCUCAAUAAAUUCAUCUGCUCUCACAAGUGAAUCACAAAGUCGGAAUUUUUUGCAAGGGAAUGAAUGAAGAGGCAAGAACUGUUUUUGAAAUGUAGCAUAAUGCUGGUGGACAAAAGCUGAGGGAUGUAGGCUGGCAUCUCUGGGAUCAUCUUCCAACAAUAUUUUGGAAAGCCUGCCAGCUGAGUGUUCAGCAAUGUAGGUAAUUAAUUUCAAAGCAAAGUUGAAUGCCUUUUAAUUCUGGCAUACAAUAUAGCCUACAAGGUCUCCUUCAGCUUCAUGAAAUAUGUCCAUCCAUAUCCACAAAGACAUAAUCUUGUCUUUAUUUAAAUAUGGAUUUGGUAUGGAUUAUAGUAAAGGAUGGUGCUUACAUGCCUACCAUCCCCUUGAAAUAUAAAAACACUGGACAACUUUGUGACACUUUUGAUAUGUAACAUCAAAUUGACACCUGAUAAAAUGUGAUUACAUAAACUACACAAUCUGUUAUAAAUAGAUAUAACUAUUCUUCCUAAGAUAUGGCCAUACGAGGUCAUAUUUAAUUGCACAUAAGCUUGUUGGAUGAGAAUCAGGGUAUCUCAUCUACAAAUUCUUAGUUUGAGGUACUGCUUUCAUGAUGUGCAAAUACAAGAAAGAUACUAUUGUUGGGCCAUGUCUUUGCUUAUAUUUUUAAAGUGAUUCUCAUGCCCCUUAUACACUAAAGCAUUUUCACACAUCAAAAUGGGGAUGUUAUGUGGUUUUCAAAUAUUAACUACACUGCUUCACUAUUUUCAGUCAAAGAUAUAGAAUCUUUCAUGGCUCACCAUCUCAGUGGUUGAGAAGGACCACCACUGUAUGAGAUAACAUCUUCUGCAAUCUGCAUGUGUCCAUUGGAAGACAGGUCUAGUCUUUUCCUUCUGGUCUUUCUCAAUUGUAUGCUACACUAACAUCCCACAAGAGAGGAAGCUAUGUCACAUUUCACCUAAAUGGUUACCAUAUUGCUAUGGUUUUCUGACUAUGAAAAAAAUACCUGUGUGUUUUGCAUUAAUGUGAGUCUGCAGUACACUGGCUAAAUACAGGCUGCUGGCAGUCUAGAAUGUAAUCUUCUUCACAAAAAGAGUCAUUGUGAACAUUGUGUUAUGUCUGGUCCUGAAGCCCUGACUGACAGCUUCAAGAGGUGUAUACAGAAAUGUUGUACAGGACUCCUUUGUCAGUGCUCAGAACUGGAUCAAAACAUUUGCACAGAUUCCACACAGAUAGUUCUAUGCACUCACUGUAUUCAUUUAAGAAAGUAUUUAUGUUAAAAAAACAAUAUAUGAAAAAAUGUGUUUAAGUCUGAAACUAUCAUCAAGUGAAUCUGAACAACGUUAGACAUUUCUUUCCAGUAACUGGAAUGGUUAAACCAGAAGAAUCAUUGGGAAUUUAUUAAAACUAAAUUCUAGAAUAAUAAUAAGAAAAGAUUCAGACUGAGUAAUGUAAAAUGAAAGGAUAUAUUAUUCAGACUUUGAUUGAUUCUUUCCUCUUUUGUGAGUUAUGUUGGGAUGGACUUGAGAGUUGAAUUCUACUGAUGCUGAAUCCCGUUCACUUACUGGUAUUCCACCUGUAUCCAGUGUGCUAUUUGUGCCCAUUGGUCUACAUCAAAAAGGCUGGACAGGUUCUAAACAUUUUUUUUGUGAAAUAAAAAUGCCACACCUAAAAAAGACCCUUUCUCACUGUUCUGUACAAAUGUAUUUAAAACUAGCAGCCAUUCUUCAAAUAUUCCAGAAUAUGUAAUUCUUAUUUUAAGAUAAGAGUUCAGGCUUAACUUUCUAUCCUGCUUAUUGAUUUUUUCAACCUUUGGUGCAUUGAUAUUUGGGUUUGGGAAGAAACUGUAGGGUGAUAAAACUAUAACUGCAAGAAAAUGGUCUCUUAGGUAAAAAAUAUAAACACUCUAUUUGGGGGAAUAGAAAGUAUGGAUACAUAUCUAUAAGGCAAGGAAAAAUUGGGAGGAAAUGGCAACAGUUUUUCUUUUUGUCUAGAUAUAAGUAA